CAACCUAGUAUUGUCUAGGCAUUGUCAAUUUUUUUAUUCCCUACCCUAUUGAGGAUUAAUGUUGAGAAGCUAUGUUUGGUUUAAAAAUAAAGUCUGCAAACGCAAGUAGUAUCUGAGAGGGAACGUCUCUCUGAUAUAGACACAAAUAAAACACAGUGCUGAAAAUGAUCAGCAGGCAUAUCAAUGUCUGUGGAGAAAGAAACAAUUUGUAUCAUACAUAUUUCCCUUUAAAUUGCGGGGGAAGGAUCAGAACACUGGUGAGGUGCAUCACGGGAUUUGGAGUCCCGGGGUGCAUGCGUGAACUACAAUACCCGGUGCGCACAUCGACAGGUGACCGUCACGUGAUGGGACAGCGGCGUUAACGCGAAGCCUCGGGAUUCCAGCGGUCCGUCGAAAAUGCCUGCCAUUAAGCUACAAAGCUCAGAUGGAGAGAUCUUCGAGGUUGACGUGGAAAUAGCAAAGCAGUCUAUCACAAUCAAAACAAUGUUGGAAGAUCUAGGUAUGGAUGAUGAAGGUGAUGAUGAUCCAGUGCCACUCCCAAACGUGAAUGCUGCUAUUCUGAAAAAGGUAAUCCAGUGGUGUACGCAUCAUCGAGAUGACCCUCCCCCACCAGAGGAUGAUGAAAACAAAGAAAAACGAACUGAUGACAUACCAGUGUGGGAUCAGGAGUUUCUGAAAGUUGACCAGGGCACUCUCUUUGAACUAAUACUGGCUGCAAACUACCUUGAUAUCAAGGGUCUUCUUGAUGUAACUUGCAAAACAGUGGCAAAUAUGAUUAAAGGAAAAACUCCUGAAGAAAUUCGCAAAACAUUCAACAUUAAGAAUGAUUUCACUGAAGAAGAGGAGGCACAGGUACGAAAGGAGAAUCAGUGGUGUGAAGAGAAGUGAUCCAAUGAGGAAACGUGCAGUUCAAUGGAAGAUCUUAUGCCUGCACAAUUUAUUAAUCACUAUUAGCCUGUGAUACUUUAAAAUAUAGUGUCAAGAUAACCAUGCAUAAACAUUUGUAAUAGUGUUUAGUUUUGAGCUUAAUGCUUGCUUCAUGAAACCAGUUUUUGUUUAUUUUUUUUCAAGCAGUGUUUCCAGCAUAUUUAUUACUUCAUCAUGUGAGUUUUCCCUUGUUGCUGUUUGGAAUUAAAGUUGUGUAAAGAACUCCACUGGCAGUAUGAUAGCAAUUGGAAUUCAAAACCUUUUUUUUCUUUUUUUGUUUCUUAACUUGUAAUUAGAAUUUACUUUAUUGUGGAUGGUCUAUUCAGGUUUUCAAAAGACCCUGUUAUUGUCUAAAGUGGGCCCCAUUCCUUUUUUUUUAAUUUGAGGGAAUACAUUGUAUCAUAGCUACUAGCUAAUUCAGUUUUUUUUACCAGCUAAAUAUCAUAGCUCUUAAACUUAAUGCAGUGCAAAAAUACCCUGAGUGGACUGUCCAGUGAUCUUUCAGAAUACAUUCCUGCUCUAUCAAACACAAAAUUAUGUUAUUGAAAACUUAACUUAAUAUUCACUGUGCAUGGCAUUGAAAUGCCCUGUGAGUGGAUAAGACUGAGGGGAAAGUAGUACUGGUUUAAAUAAAAGACCUGUGCUGAAAGCA